GGGAGCCUUACUGGACCUAACACUCUUCUCUCAGAGAAAGGGACGGAGCAGGCAGCAGUCCCCAUGGAGUUCCCUGCAGCUUCUGCCCUAAAAGGACGUGUCCCCAGGCUGGGGCUCCUGCUGGCCGUCUUCCUCUUAACCUUGUGGAUCACGCCCACCACUGCUCGAUUUGCUAUUGCCUCGACCUUUGCUUUUGAAGGGCAUGAUGUGAUUCUACAUCUCCGCAAUACACCUCCUGAUGUUACAGGGUUUAUUUGGUACAGGGGAGAAGAGAUGAACUACCAUAAUUUCAUUGGGUCUCGUCCAUGGUAUUCCAGUGAAUAUCUAACAGGUCCCAAAUACAGUGGUCGAGAGGAAAUAAACCUUGAUGGAACCCUGAUCAUAAAAAACGUCACUGCGAGGGACGAAGAUACGUAUGUCGUAGUAGCCGUCCUUGCAAAUUCACAAAGAGUAAGAGGAUCUGGAUGGCUCAGUAUAUACCGGCCACUGAGUGUGCCCACACUCCUAGCCAGCAACACCACAGUCACAGAGAAUGAAGAUGCCGUGGUCAUGACCUGCCACACAGAUGCGAGCUCCACCAACUGGUUAUUCCUGAGUCUGUGGCUCAGGAAGAGGAUGAAGCUUUCCCAGGACCACAGAACCCUCACCAUAGACCCUGACUUCAAGAAGCGAGCUGAAGGAUAUGGUCAUAAUGUUAAUGCUUUUGAUUUGCAGAAAUUCUGUGAAAGGGAGUGGCCCACUUUCCAGGUGGGAUGGCCGGUCAUAGGGACUUAUGAUUUAACCACUGCUUUUCGGGUUCACCAUGUUGUCUACGGCCGGCCGGGUCACCCCGACCAAAUUCCCUAUAUUCAAGUGUGGGUUGAUAUUUUGACUGAAAAACCAAGGUGGUUACAAAUUUGUCAAAAUAAGGAAAAGAAAUUGGGACAGAGACAGACAGUUCUCUUGGCCUCAGCCAAGAAGGGCAAAACUCCCCCUGUUCUGCAGGAUACGGGUGAGGAGGCACUCCCCGAGGCCAGACCUCCCCCGUAUGCUCCUCCCUCCACCGGUACCACGGUGGCAAAUGACCCCGGUCAGGAGCCCCGGCCUUCUCCACAGCCGGUUUCCGUUCCUCCGGAAGCCCCAGUCCAGGGCCCGGCUCCGCUUUCCCCUUCUCUCACGAGGCAAGGGGCAGCGUAUGGAGAGAGAGAAGGAUGGGGGGAGAAGCCGCGGGACCAUGCGGCAUCUGCCAGUCCUGCAGCUCCCAUAUUGCCAUUAAGGCAAGCAGGCCCUUUGGAUUUAGGUCCAGAUGGGCAGCCUUUUAUGGUUUAUGUCCCCUUUUCUACCAGUGACCUAUAUAAUUGGAAGAACCAGAAUCCUUCUUUCUCCCAGAAUCCACAGGGGUUGAUUUCUCUUUUAGAGUCUGUGUUUUUUACCCAUCAACCUACCUGGGAUGAUUGUCAACAGUUGAUGCAAACUCUUUUCACUUCAGAGGAGAGAGAGAGAAUCAAGGUGGAGGGGAGGAGAUUUGUGCUGGGUCCGGAUGGGCAGCCCACUUCUGAACAAGACAGAUUAGAGGCUGUAUUUCCCUCCCGGCGACCUACUUGGAAUCCCAAUACUGAGAGGGGAAAGGAGGCUCUCGAUCAGUAUCGCCAGACUCUAUUGGGGGCCAUCCGAGCUGCUGCUCGGAGACCCACAAACCUUUCUAAGGUGACAGAGACAGUCCAGGGGCCUAAUGAGAGCCCGGCAGCUUUCCUUGAGAGGCUGUGCGAGGCCUAUCGGGUGUAUACCCCCAUUGACCCUGAUGCUCCGGAAAAUCGGAGGGCUGUCGUUGUUGCAUUUGUUUCCCAGUCGGCCCCAGAUAUUAGGAAAAAAUUACAGAAGCUAGAAGGCUUUGAGGGAAAAUCAAUCUCUGAGUUGGUUGAGGUAGCCCAGAAGGUUUUCAAUAAUCGGGAGGACCCGACGGCAGAUUUAAACACCCGGAUGGCCAAGGUUCUCCUGGCCCUAAAUGAGGAAAAAGGCCCAAGGGGCCAGAGAGACAAUAAAGGCAAAAGAAAGCCUCCUGGAAACAAAGAAGUCCGACCCCGGCUUGGGAAAAAUCAGUGUGCACUAUGUAAAAAGGAAGGACACUGGAAAAGGGAGUGCCCUGAACGUACGGGGAAGUCAACUCCCGUGCUGGUGGAGGAGAUGGAUUAGGGUCGUCAGGGCUCAGCUGGCCCCCAAGAGCCCAGGAUAACUCUGACAGUGGGGGGCCAAAAGGUGGACUUCCUUGUGGACACGGGAGCCACCUUCUCUGUCCUGCAACAGCCAGUGGGUCCUGUCUCUAAGACCAAAAUCCCCAUCAAAGGGGCAACGGGAAAAGUAAAAUCCUACCCAUGGACUAAAGGUCGGAUUAGUGACCUAGGAAAUGGCUCAGUGACUCACUCAUUUCUAGUAAUGCCAGAGUGCCCUUGCCCUUUGCUAGGCCGGGACUUGCUGAGCAAAUUACGGGCCACAAUUUCCUUUGAAGGGCCAGGGCCAGAGGUCAAAUUGCAAGACCCAGGGACUGCGGGGAUAUAUCUCCUGACAUUGCCCCUACAGGAGGAAUAUUUACUACACGAGGAGGAGCCUGGGGAAGUCUCAGCAGAUGCCUAUCUCCAACAAUUAAGGCGGGCUAUCCCGGGAGUUUGGGCGGAGGAAAAUCCGCCAGGGCUAGCUAAACACCGACCUCCAAUUGUAGUCCAGCUGACCAGCAGUGCCACCCCAGUCAGAGUUCGGCAAUAUCCAAUGAGCCAGAAGGCGAGAGCAGGAAUCGCCAAGCACAUUAAGAGGCUGAGAGAGGCUGGAAUCUUGAUUCCUUGCCAAUCUGCUUGGAACAGUCCCCUGUUGCCAGUACAAAAACCAGGGACUGAGGAUUUUAGGCCGGUGCAGGACUUAAGGGAAGUAAACAAGAGGGUUGAGACUAUCCAUCCCACGGUCCUGAACCCUUACACUCUUCUCAGCCUCCUCAAGCCAGAACACCGGUUCUAUACUGUUUUAGACCUAAAGGAUGCCUUUUUCUCCCUACCCCUGGCAAAGCAGAGUCAACCUAUCUUUGCCUUUGAGUGGGUGGACCCAACAGAAGGAGAGUCUGGACAGUUAACUUGGACUAGGUUGCCGCAAGGAUUUAAGAAAUCACCCACUCUGUUCGAUGAGGCCCUAAACCAAGAUCUCCGUGAGUUCCGUCAGGACCAUCCACGGGUGACUCUGCUCCAAUAUGUAGAUGACCUCCUAUUGGCCACAGAGGAGGAACAGGACUGUAAGCAGGCCACUCGAGAGUUGCUGACCGCCCUAGAUUGUUUGGGGUAUCGGGUCUCAGCCAAGAAAGCUCAGCUGUGCACUACCCGAGUGACAUAUUUGGGUUACAACAUAGAAGAGGGUAGGCGAACUUUAUCCAGCAGCAGAAUAAAGGCUAUCUUGUCAAUCCCAAGACCUACCACCAAGAGGCAAGUUCGGGAGUUCCUCGGGGCGGUGGGUUAUUGCAGGCUAUGGAUACUAGGUUUUGCAGAAAUUGCACGGCCAUUAUACUCUGCAACGGGGGGAAAGGAGGCCGCCCUGGUCUGGACAGAAAAGGAAGAAGAGGCCUAUAAGAAACUAAAAGAAGCCCUGGUAAGUGCCCCAGCACUUGCCCUGCCAGACUUAACCAAGCCCUUCCAGCUAUAUGUAGCUGAGAACAAAGGGGUGGCGAAAGGGGUCCUCACGCAACCCCUGGGACCAUGGAAGCGCCCCGUAGCCUAUCUCUCUAAAAGACUUGACCCAGUGGCAUCAGGAUGGCCCAACUGCUUGAGAGCCAUUGCGGCCACUGCCCUACUAGUAAAGGAAGCCUCAAAGCUAACCUUUGGCCAAAAUCUCCAAGUAGUUGCCCCGCAUGCAGUUGAGACCUUAUUAAGAAGCCCCCCGGAGAGAUGGAUGUCUAAUGCUCGCAUUACCCAGUACCAGGUGUUGCUGCUAGACCCACCACGAGUCAGUUUCCUGAAAACGGCUGCCUUGAACCCAGCCACACUCCUCCCGGACGAGGAGGCAGAGGCCCCUCUGCAUGACUGUGAAGAGACAUUGACUGCCCUCACUUCCCUCUGAGAGGACCUCGUGGACCAGCCCCUGCAGAAUCCGGAUGAGACCCUCUACACGGACGGGAGCAGCUUCGUGGAAGGAGGUAUCCAGUAUGCAGGGGCGGCAGUAGUGACACAAAAGGAGAUUCUCUGGGCACAGGCCUUAGAACGAGGCACCUCAGCCCAAAAGGCAGAGAUAAUAGCACUCACUCAGGCUCUCCGGUGGGGAAAAGGAAAAAGAGUGAACAUUUUCACGGACAGUCGGUAUGCUUUUGCCACAGUACAUGUGCAUGGGGCCCUAUAUCAGGAAAGAGGUCUUUUGACAUCAGGAGGAAAGGACAUUAAAAAUGCUUCUGAAAUACUUAACCUCCUGGCAGCCAUAUGGGGGCCAAAGGAAGUGGCGGUAAUUCAUUGCCGGGGGCACCAGAAAGGAAAUAGUCCCGAAGCACAGGGAAAUAGAUUUGCAGACCAAACCACCAAGGAAGUGGCUAAAAGACCAGUAGGGCCCUUGGAGGUUCUCAUAGCCCUGCCAGCAUGGAGGCUCCCAGAGAAGCCUACUUAUCUACCGAAGGAGCAGGAGCUAGCUGAGAGGCUAAGGGCCCAGGAAGGAGAGGCUGGAUGGCUAAUUCUGCCAGAUGGUAGGCCUAUAGUACCAGAAGCCCUGGGGCGGACCAUCGCUUCCCAGACCCACCAAAGUACCCACCUGGGGGGAACAAAGCUAUCAGAACUACUGGGAAGAGAAUUCUACAUCCCAAGGCUCCAGAAAAUAUCUCAAGACUUGGCCAGAACGUGCCAAGUGUGUGCCCAGGUGAACCAAGGACCCCCUCUUGUGGCCGCGCCGGGACAGCAAUUCUGAGGUCAGAACCCUGGAGAACACUGGGAAGUGGACUUCACUGAGAUACCAGGAGGACGAGGAGGAUAUAAGUACCUGCUGGUUUUUGUUGAUACCUUCUCUGGAUGGCCUGAGGCCUACCCAACCAAGGCAGAAACAGCACAGGUAAUAGUUAGGAAACUCCUCUCUGAAAUUGUCCCCCGGUUUGGCCUGCCACUAUAUAUGGUCGCCAAAGUUACACAAUCUAUAGUUAAAGCCCUGAGAAUAACUUGGAAAUUACAUUGUGUUUAUAGACCACAGAGUUCUGGACAGAUAGAGAGAAUGAAUUGGACCUUAAAGGAAACAUUAACUAAGUUAAAAUUAGAGACUGGCGAAAACUGGGUAAGUCUCCUUCCUUUUGCCCUCCUCAGAGCUAGCUGCACCCCGUAUAUAAAAGGACUCACCCCAUUUGAAAUUAUGUUUGAUAGACCGCCACCUCUUCUUCCCCGCCUAAGGGAGGAAGAAAUUGCCCGGCUGUCUACCCGAAAUUUGCUUAAGUCCUUACAGGCUUUGCAGAGCAGCGCCACGUCAGCACAACGGGUGGUGAGAGCCUUACGGGAGGAGGACGCACUGAGAACCAGUCCGACGCAGCCUGCCUUCUCUUCGGGUGACCUCGUCUGGGUGAAGCAUCACGACCCUGGCAGCCUAGAACCUAGAUGGGAUGGACCCUACCAGGUGGUGCUGAGCACUCCAACCGCCAUCAAAGUUGCAGGAAAAAGACACUGGAUCCAUCUUACACAGGUGAAGAAGGCAAACGACAGCGUCGAGAGAUGGCAGAUCCAGAAGACCGGAGACCCGUUGAAGGUGUACUAUUAUUCGGGAGAAGGGGGCCAAGAACAUUUAAACCUCAAACCUAUGAGAAUUAAAAGGGCCCCCGUCCUAGUCCCCCUCCUUAUGGGAAUAGGAAUAGCAGAGUCCACGGCCGUCGGAACAGCCGCCCUAGCAACUGGCCACCAAAAUUAUAAAGAGUUAAGCAAGCAGAUAGAUAAAAAUUUAAGCACUCUUGAGAACUCUGUUAGCCAACUGGAGGACUCCCUCAGCUCACUUGCAGAGGUGGUGUUGCAAAACAGAAGAGGCCUAGAUCUGCUUUUCCUAAAGCAGGGAGGCCUCUGUCUGGCCUUAGGGGAAACUUGCUGUUUUUACACCAACCACUCAGGUGUAAUCAGGGAAAGCCUUAGUCAGCUGCGUAAACGGCUGGCCGACCAAGAAGAGGCGAGGAGGGCAGAAGGCAAUUGGUAUGAAAAUUUAUUUUCUUGA